AUUUAUUUUUUAUUCAACUAGAGAAGGGUAAGGUCAUGGAUCUGAAUGGGGAGUCAAAGCUGGCAAUGGAGAUAUCAAAUGACAGUCUGGAUCUCUUUUCUUCAUUCUUUCCCCCACUCUCUCCUCCUGCUGAUCCAGAGACGCCGCUCCUCCCUUCUUUCUCAGCACCUCCAAAGCACUCAGGCCUCUCAUCCCUGCGGUACAAGACAGAACUGUGCACCAGAUAUGCAGAGAGUGGAUUCUGUGCUUACAGGAAUCGCUGCCAGUUUGCCCAUGGUCUUAGUGAGCUCAGGCCUCCAGUUCAGCACCCCAAAUACAAGACCGAACUGUGUCGCUCCUUCCAUGUCCUUGGCACCUGUAACUAUGGCUUGCGUUGCCUGUUUAUACACAGCCCCCAGGAGAGAAGGGAACCCCCAGUCUCACCUGAUACCCCCCGUAUUCCACCACGCAGGCAUACUGGCCCUUAUAGGGAGCGUUGCCGCCUCUGGCGUUCUCCUGGUGGCUGCCCUUAUGGAGCUCGGUGCCACUUUCAGCAUCCAAAAAGUGUCCGUGAGGCUUGCCGUCACUUUGCUGCUCUUGGAGAAUGUCCAUAUGGAGCCCGUUGUCACUUCUCUCAUAGCCCUCCCCUUGACAGGUGGGGUUUAGGAACAAAGAAUAGCAGUGGGUCCCUCUCGCCUUCAGAUCCAGACCUUGACAGUGACCCUGAGACCCCUGUCCUCUCAGAAUCUCCUGCCAACAAUGCCUUCAGUUUUUCAAGCCUCCUCCUACCUCUUGCCUUGUGUCUGCAGAUUCUGGGAGAUGAGGAAGAUUUGCCUACUGCUACUGACCCACUGCCUGGUGAUGAAGAAAUUGCGCAGAGUCUACUCUCUGUUCUUGGUUAACUUUUUACCUUCUUAUGUGACUCUGGCAUAAUGACCCCUCCUCUGGCAUAGAAUUAACAUGCAUAGCAUGUUGUCCCCGUUUUUUUAUCUUUAUUUUAUCUUUGAUGCCAGCAGUGAGAAGCCAGUUUUUAUAUUUACAACUUACAUUGUUCUCUUGUACAUAAGUUUAUUAAUUUAUUACCCACCUGACUGCAGUUAUUUUAAUAUUGGUUAAGCGGCUGGAGGGUUUUGAGACGAGAUGUUUUUAUGUCGGUAAUUAAAGUGUGAUUUUUAUUAAAUCUUGUGUUUUUAAGUGUA